UGCCGGUUGUUAUGGGUUUAGCCUUCUUUUCCCUCACUCCCUCACUCCACUCUGCAGUUGAGAUAUUAUAGGGUUUAAAGGUUUAGCUCUCUCUCUCUCUUCUCUCUCCUCUCUCAGCUACUCCACUCUGUGGUUGAGAACUCGAAGCUUCCAUGGAUAGAUACCAGAAGGUCGAGAAACAGAAACCAGAAUCGGCCAUAAACGAGAAUGAGAUCCGAAUCACUUCUCAGGGCUUGGUCCGAAACUACAUUAACUAUGCCACCACUCUUCUUCAGGAGAGAUGUGGGAAAGAUAUCCUCUUGAAAGCAAUGGGUCAGGCAAUCAGCAAGACUGUAGCUAUUACAGAACUUAUCAAGAGAAGAUUUCCUGGACUGCACCAACAUACUUCCAUUAGCUCUGUAAGCAUAACAGAUGUUUGGGAACCCAUUGAAGAGGGGCUACAGAUAGUGGAACAGACUCGCCACGUUUCCAUGAUUUCAAUUACCUUAUCAAUAAAAGAGCUGAACAAGAACUCCCCUGGGUAUCAAGCUCCGUCUCAUGUUGAGCAAGGUAAACGGUAUAAUAACUACCAGUCACAACAACCACCUAGACAGUUACGCCCAGUCUAUGGCGGAGGUAAUGAAGAUUCUUAUGGUCGAGGCAGAGGCCAUGGUAGAGGCAGAGGACAGGGUUGGAACAGAGGUGGAUAUGGAAACUAUCAGGGCAACUACCGUGGAAACUAUCAAGGCAACUAUCAGGGCAACAACCAUGAAAGCUAUCAAGAGAACUAUCAGUGGAAUUAUCAGGGAAACUAUCAAGAAAAUGUUGGGUACUCAAACUGGGGUCGAGGUGGUAGUCAUGGUGGUUGGGGAUAUCAUGGUUCUGGAUAUGGAGGAGGUGGAGGUGGUGGUGGAAGGGCUUAUGGUCGUGGUGGCAGUCGUGGAAGGAUAGGCAACCGAGGUCCAAGAGGUGGUGGCAACCAGGCAUAGCCUGGGAUUGGCUUCUUUGCUGAACCUCAAAACUCAAAAGGCGGGAUGCCUUUGCUUUAGCUUUUUGUGUCUAAAAAGCAUCAAAAUUGGGGGUCUUCUUCCUACUUAGCUGUUAGAGAUUUUCGUUAGCAAAAUGCGUGUUUCAGAAUAUUUCUCGUUAUGAAAUCCUAGUGCAAAGUAGCCCUGUUACCGA